AUGCCUUCCUACAUUGUAACCUGCAAGACGGACGCCAGUAAGGACCAGGUCGAGGCGGCCAAGCAGCAUGCCCGCGACCAAGGCGGCCAGAUCGGGCACGAGUACGAUCUGAUCAAGGGCUUCCAGGUCAUCUUCCCCGAGGACACUGUCCACACAAUGGAUAGCCACGAAAGUGUCAAAGCCGUCGAGGAGGACGGCGAGCCGCCGGCUCGGUGGAGAUUGGUUUCUCAUUCAACCCUGUUUGAUGCUCCUGACAUACACGGCCGCCCUCCCCUCUCCGCCGAAGCCUUGUUGGCAUCGGCCCGCUUCACACUUUCGCUGUUGCCGAUACGACUGGCACAUCGCAUACAAGCGCUACGCAACCUCCCGUACAUCGUCGUUUCAAAUCCAAACAUCAGCAAAAUCUACAACAACUACCAACAUUCGCUCUCGACUCUGCUACCAUGGCAAGGGCGCACCAUCAGCAACCUGGAGGACGAGAUACGCUUUACCGAGGUGCUAGCUGAGCUAGUGCAGACGCACACCGAUACCAUUCCCAUCCUCGCCCGCGGCUUCCUCGAGUGUCGCAAGUACAUAUCGCCCUCCGAGGUGACCCGCUUCCUCGACCAACAUCUACGUGCCCGUAUCGGCACGCGCCUCGUCGCCGAACAGCACAUUGCCCUACAUUUUAGCAGCACGCCGCACUUCGACCCGGCUUCGAGCCCAACCCCGUGCCCGGAACACCCCAGUUACAUCGGCGUGAUCGACACCGCCCUACGUCCCGCCUCCACCAUUGACUCGUGCGGCGGCUUCGUCGCCGACAUCUGCGAGCUCAACUACGGCGUCCGCCCGCAGUGGGUUGUCGACGGCGAGCCGGACACCACCUUUGCCUUUAUACCCAUGCACCUCGAGUAUAUCGUCACGGAGCUGCUCAAGAACGCGUUCCGCGCGACCGUCGAAAACGGCAUGAACCGCGAGCCCGUCGUCAUCACAAUCGCCCCAGAACCGCCCGAUGUCAAGCCAGUCCGCCACCAACACCACCAACAACAACAGCAAAACCAGGUCCACCUCGCCCCCCCGCAUGAAGACCGCGGCGUCUUUAGCCGCGACGCCAUCGCUCCGCUGGACGAUAACGCCCCCGGCGUGACCAUCCGCAUCCGCGACCGCGGCGGCGGCAUCAGCUCCGACGUCUUGCCGCACAUCUGGAGCUACUCCUUCACCACCUUCAGCGAUUCGGACGACGACGUCCCCGGGGGCAGUAAUAGCAGCAGCAGCAGCAUGUUUAGUGGCGGCAGCUACGGUGACGCUUUGAACGUUAUUUCAGCCGCCAGCAACGGCAGUAGUUCUAUUGCCGGUCUAGGCUACGGACUGCCCUUGAGCCGCGCCUAUGCCGAAUAUUUUGGCGGUGGUAUCGGGGUGCAGAGCCUGCAUGGGUGGGGGACUGAUGUAUAUUUACGGCUGAAGGGGGUGGGCAAGAUUGAAUCCGUGACAUUUUCGCUGCUGCGGAUGGCACUGCCAAAAACGGUUUGCUUGUGCGCCACGUCGUCAUGCUGGGGGCCCGACACAGAUCGCCAGGAUCGCCAGGAUCGCAAAGUUCGUUGUGACCAAACAUCCAACACCUCCCAGAUUUACCUCAACACCAACAUGCGGAACAGUAUCACCCGGAUGCUUACGCAGUCAAUGUUUGUUUUACCCAGCAGCAUGCAAUCGAUCGACGCCACAAGCAGGCCCGUAUCCCCCAAAACCAUCAUCCCUCGCCACGGCUGCGGCACCGAGGAAGCCCGGUCGAGGCCCCUCCUCCGUCUCAGCACCACCAUGCCGCCCGCGAAGCCCAAGUCUACGGGCUCCUACCAACCUAUAUCGCCAACAACCACCUACACGCAGACCGUCCCGGCCCUCGACCCCCGGACGCUGGAAGACCUGCACCGCGAGCGGUCCUACCUCCUCCACAACCUCCAUAAGCAGGAGGUCCGCGCAACACGGUUAUUCCACCGCUACGCAGCCGUCGAAGCGCGCCUCGCAGCCGCCGCCGCCUCCUCGUCUUCAGAGUCGAGACGGUGCCGGAAAGAGGCCUCGUUGGUCCGGGCCAAGAUUGCCGAGAGCACCCAGCAGGAGCAGCUCCUCCAUCUUCGUCUGGGCGAGAUCCACGUUGAGCUGCAGAACAGAGAGCUAUGCACCCUCAGCCCCUGCCACGAGGAAAUGACCCCCGUCACGCCCGCCGCGACUGCGACAGACUAUUUCUCGUGUGGCUCGGAGUCGGGAUCGGCCAGGUCAGGGUCGUUGCUGAGUCCGUUGUCGCCGUGUUUUGAGCCGGGGUUGGGGUUUGUGGUUGUGGAUGGGGAGGGGGAGGGGGAGGGUGUGGAGGGGGUGGGAGUGGUUGUGGAGGAGAGGGUUGUGGAGAUUGGGGGGGUUGGGGAGGGGGGGUAUGAGGAGGGUAUGGGCGGUGAGGGUACUAGUGGUGAAGGUGUGUGUGGUGAAGGUGUGCGUGGUGAGGUGGCGGGUGAGGGGGCAGGGAUGGAGAACGAGGUUGGUGGGGAGGUUGAUAGGGAAAUAAACGGGGAGGUGAAUGGGGUUGAGGUCAGGGUCGGAGAAGGAGAAGGUGUGGAAGACGGCGCGGUGUAUGAGGGGAGGAUGGAUAAUGAGGAGGUGAUGGGAGAGGGGUUAGAAAAUGAAGAGGAGACUGGGGCGAUGGUGGAAGAGGGGAAAGGGGAGGCUUUGAUUUGGGUACAGCUCGUCGACGAGCCGGUUGCAGCCGGGCCGAGGCAGGGCGAGGUUGGUGACGGGGAAAGGGAACGGCUAGGGGUCGACAACGGGGAAGGGGGAUCCGGUUCCACCGCGGGGAAGGAGACCGAGCGCAGGGCGGCCAGUAACAACGAGACCAACGGUGUAAAUGCUGUCGAUGACAACAGAGACAGCGACAGUCCCUCCAAAUGGGACUCUGACGCGGAGGACACGCUGGCGUGGAGGGAUAAGCUGCGCAGGGUCUCGCUUUAUCUGCCAAAGUCACUCAAGGCGAAGGACAAGCGGUUGAGCUUACCUUAUUCCAAGAAUAUGUGGUCGAGGUCACGCAGGGGCAGUUUACAGUCGACGGCUGGCUAG